ACCUUUAACGUUUGUUUGUGGACCGCCAUAAUACCAGAGAAGAAGAGGACAUCGCUUAGAAAAUGGGGGCUUGCAUGGCCUUGUGUUCCCUUGCUAGCUGUGCCUCCUGUCUGUGUGGCUCCGCUCCGUGUUUGCUAUGUGGCUGCUGUCCCUCCUCCAGAAACUCCACCGUCACCCGGCUGGUGUUCUCCUUCUUUCUACUCCUAGGGACCCUGGUGUCUGUCAUCAUGAUCCUCCCUGGCAUGGAGGCACAGCUCCAAAAAAUCCCAGGCUUCUGUCAGGGUGCGAGCACCAUACCAGGCAUGGAGAACCAGUUUAACUGUGAUGUCAUUGUGGGCUACAAGUCGGUGUACCGCAUGUGCUUCGCCAUGACCUGCUUCUUCUUCCUCUUCUCAGCCAUCAUGGUCCGCGUCCAGAGCAGCAAAGAUCCGCGUGCAGACAUUCAGAAUGGUUUCUGGUUCUUUAAGUUUCUGAUCCUGGUCGGCAUCACUGUGGGAGCCUUCUUCAUCCCGGAUGGAACCUUCCAUACUGUGUGGUUUUACUUUGGUGUGGUUGGCUCGUUCAUCUUCAUCGUCAUCCAGCUUAUCCUUCUCAUCGACUUUGCCCACUCUUGGAACAAGAUAUGGGUGGGGAAUGCCGAAGAGGGCAACUCAAAGUGCUGGUUUGCAGGCUUGUUGUCGUUCACCUUCCUCCACUACGCACUGACCUUCACCUCAGGGGUGCUGUUCUACAUCUACUACACCCAGCCUAACGACUGCACCGAGCACAAAGUCUUCAUUAGCCUCAACCUCAUUUUCAGCGUCAUCAUCUCCAUCGUCUCCAUCCUGCCCAAAGUACAGGAAGCCCAGCCCCAGUCUGGUUUGCUCCAGGCCUCUCUCAUCUCCCUCUACACCAUGUAUGUCACCUGGUCCGCCAUGACCAACAACCCAAACCGUAAGUGUAACCCCAGCCUGCUGAGUCUGGUGUCAAAUGUCAGCUCCAGCGAGCCCACACCCACCAGUGCCCCAGGACAGGUGCAGUGGUGGGACGCGCAGAGCAUUGUGGGUUUGGUCAUCUUCCUCUUCUGCACUCUCUAUGCCAGUAUCCGUUCGUCCAGCAACACCCAGGUGAACAAGCUGAUGCAGACCGAGGAGGGCGGGGGUUAUGGAGGAGAGGGCGAGGUAGGGGAGGACGGUGUGCGACGGGCCGUGGAUAAUGAGGAGGAAGGGGUCACCUACAGCUACUCCUUCUUCCACUUCCACCUCUGCCUGGCCUCCCUCUACAUCAUGAUGACACUCACCAACUGGUACCAGCCUGACACCACCACCCAGGCCAUGCAGAGCAGUAUGCCAGCUGUGUGGGUGAAGAUCAGCUCCAGUUGGCUGGGCCUGGGCCUCUACCUCUGGACCCUGCUCGCCCCUCUCAUGUUUCCCGACCGAGACUUCAGCUAAACAGCCCCCCAUGGGGUCACCAUGGGCUUGUAAGAUGUUGUGUGGAAGUUUAUAAUUUUUUUUAAAUACGAGUCAGCAUUUUUGCAUUGGUCUCUGUUGGUGUGUUUAAUCUUGUUUUUUACAUGUUAGGUCUUUUAUCUACCAUGGCUGCAUGGGGUAUGGUUAUCACUACAUUGUUUGGUAUUAUUGGACGCUUUUAAGGGGCUUUUAAUAUCCAUACUGAGAAUGUUUUAUUGAUUUAGCCAUUCAAUUAUUUUAUUUGCCUAUAUGCAAAACUGCACUUAACUCUGUCUACCUUAACACAAUCUUCUGAGAUGAGCAUCGGUUUGUCCCAGAAUGCACAUUAGUGAACUAUAGCAAACACUUGAUAACAGGCACUUAUUACCUCACAAUUACAAUAAUAUAUUAGUUGGGAUUCCCAUGUUGUUAAAGUAGGCCUGGUUCCAGUUGAUUGUAUUUGUAUUUAUUAUGGAUCCCCAUUAGCUACUCUUCCUGAGGUCCAGCAAAAUUAAGGCAGUUAUGCAUUUUUUUUAAACAUUACAAUACAUUCACAACGUAUUAAGUGUGUGCCCGAGGUUGGAGAUUCCCCCUCAUUGGCUGAGCUCCCGCAGUUCUGGAGCUUUAAGAGUGACCCUCUCCAGAACCCUAGAGAAACGGUGUGUGAGGGAGAUAAACCAGGGGGGCACACCCUCGAGGGGGUUCUCCGAGUCUGAGCCCUCUUACUGAAAUAAUCUAAUAUGUCCACAUCCUGAUUAAAGCUCACUGGACUGUGAAGUAUCAACCUACCCCCUGCUCUAACUACAUAUUUCUGAACCCUGGAGGUCAGUUGUAAUACCUCCUACCUACCCCACCCUAAGGCUUAGCUCUCUACCCCAACUAUGCCUGAUUCACGUAGGGCCGAUCUGAACCGUACUGUGCUGGCUCAGAUAUUUUAUUUUACAUGAUCCUUUCCAGCACGGUUCCAGAAACUAUGGUGGAGGCAUAUUCAGGUCAGUACAGCUCAGGCUUGGUUUGGCUCAGGAGUGUGAAAAUGGUACAACAGUGCUCUCAACCCCAACCUUAGCCCAUUUAACUCUGGUGCUACACCAUGCCCUGUCCCUAAAGACAUCUCUGUUUCUGCUCCAUCUCUAGCCCUGUUUCUGGGUCUUCUAUAGCCAUAGUCAUGGGUCAGUGCUAGUACAUGCUUGUAUCUGCAGCGAGGCGACGUAUUCUGAUCCGAUACAGUCAAUCGCUUGGGAGCAGUUUUCCGGACACAGAUUAAGCGUAGUCCUGGACUAAGAAGAUAUUUAAAUUGGUGGUCUAUUGAAGAAUCUUGACUGAACUAUAGUAAUUUAUAAAAAUUUAAUAUUUAACCUUUAUUUAACUAGGCAAGUCAGUUAAGAACAAAUUCUUAUUUACAUUGACUGCCUAGGAACAGUGGGUUAACUGCCUUGUUCAGGGGCAGAACGACAGAUUUUUACCUUGUCAGCUUGGGGAUUCGAUCUAGCAAUCUUUCAGUUACUGGCCCAACGCUCUAACCACUAGGCUACCUGCUGACCCAGUGGAAACAUUUGAGUAUUGUGAAUUCGAUUGUUUAAAAGUGAAAUUGAAGACAAUAAUUAAAUUCUGAUAAACAUUGAAGUGGAUUUAAGGGAUCAUAGCUUUCAGCUAGAUUCACCUGGUCAGUCUGUCAUGGAAACUCAGUGUAUUGUACAGUAUAUGUUGCAUGUGAGCAUAAUGUAUUAUGGUUCAUUGCCCAUACAGAUGAAUUAACCCAAGCAUGAUUUCAAGUGAUGAUCCUUCAGUAUUGAAUGAAGAAUUAUCAAGGGUGUUUUUGAGGACAACAACAUUGAGUGCCUUUUUAUAUUAAUGCAUUUCAAAAAGAGCUACUGGUAGAUACAAAUUCAAACCUGCACUAAAGUGGCUUCCACAUUUUGUGUUAAAUGAUGGCGAGACUAGCAUGUCACAAGGAGUGUCUCAGCUAAUUUCAUAGUUUGGUUAUAUAGGUACAGUAUCUGCAAAUUCUCUUUUUCAAUAAAAUCCUCAACAUAAUCGCAUGAAGGUAUUAAAAAAAAAAAUUGAUAGUAUACUAUCUAUAAUGCUUUCUUCACAAUUGCAGUAAGAUUAGUGCUCAUGUUGCCCACUAGGUGGAACUGAAGCUCCUUAAAUAUGAUUGGUAUCUGAUAACAGUAAAGAAAACACUACACAGGAGACACUACAGAAAUGUUAAGGAUAUUUUCUAAUCAACGGACUGAGGUUGCUCAGAGCUUUACCCUGUGCUCUGAGAAACUUGAGAACUGCGAAGAGUGAACGUGAUGUGACCAAUAAACCUGUCCUCUGUGGAUGUUGAUUGUA